ACGUCAGAGGCGGGUUGCUGUUCAGUGCUGAUUUUGGCGUCGCGCGGACUGCGGUGCGAGCUGAUAGGUUUUGCGUACGCUUGACGUCUCCUCUUCACUUGUUUCACACUCUCUCCCAUUUCUCCCUCUAUCUCCACACCGUCUCCAUCCAUCCCCCAUCAUUUCAGACCUCGCGCACAGAAGGAAAGCCACCGCUGGCAUGGAUUAAUAAUGAGCGGAGGAGAUGGACGCGUGAUCAGAAGAAUGGAAUCGUUUCACCUGUUUCUCACCAUCCUUGCGCUUCGGGCCAGUCUCGCCUCUACGGCAGAUCAUAAAUUCGGCUGCCUGUUUGAGAAGGGUCUGUGUCUGAAUUAUGAAGUCUGUCUUAAUGAUGGCAUGUUUGGCCGCUGUGAGGCCGCUCCGCUAACAGCCGUCUACACGUAUGAUGUCACAGCAGCAACGGUACAGAGAUUCCGCACGCUGCUCCAGAAACUGGCACACAGAGGAUUGUCUUGGGAAGAUGAUGUCACACAACAAGUUUUAUCAAACGAGUUCUCAAAACUACACAAAGUUUCCCUACCAUUACCAGAGCCAAGGCCGCAGGGUUAUGGGGCUGCUGUUGGAGACAAGAGAAUGAAAUCAUCCGAGGCUGAGGUUAGGAAGACCCUGAAAUACCUGCAGGACCUGGGACUGCUACCAAAAUCAGCACACAAGGUGAGUAAGGGGGCGGAGCUUCAAUAUUAUCGCACUGGAGAACCACGGCCUGAAAGUGACUCGUCCCCUCCUCAGUUCAUUCCAGAGGUGCCCUUUAAGUCACAGUCCUACCCUGACCUCAUCCGAUACCAGAGCGAUGCGGCACAAGUUCCCCAGCAGGACGAGGGGUUAGACCUGCUCACAGCCGCUCUUCAGAAGUAUCUUUCCAAGAACAAACUGCCUCAGUCUGAUCUGGGAGACAGAUCCAGAGUGGACCGACUCUACUUAAAAGAUGGAUCAACAAAGUCUUCCGCCAGUGACUCUCUUAGACCCGUGGAUGAAUCCUUCAUCUGGAAAGUUCUGCGGAACAUGGGAAGGCAGAGUGGGGAUGUGAAGAGUCUGAAGGCAGCAGACCUGGAUAAGCUUGCUGUUCUAAUCAUGGACGCUCUGCAGGUGGCAGACAAGCAGGCAGGUCAAGGAGAAAGGCCCAGAGACCUGGAGACACAGAGUCCUGAGGACGAGGAUGAAGACAUGCAAUAUGAGGACCAGCAUCCUGAGAGUUAUGUAAUGGAUCAAGCCCCUGAAGACAGUGCUCAGAAUCAGAGAGAAGAGAAUGAGGAAAGUUCAUCAGUCACUCAAAGGACAAUCCAAAUCAUCCCACCUGUGACAGAGGGACAGACGGUAGUGGAGGAGAAGAGAACUAUGGACAGCAAGCAGGAUGUGGGCUUUUUAGGAAAGCUGCUGGAGUACCUGGAUAAAACCUCCAGCUCAGAAGCUGAGCCUGUUGAUAAGGGGCGGGGUGUGUCUGUGGAGACGGUUCAUAGCCGAACCACACACCGAGAGGUGGGGAUGCAGAAAAAGGCCAUAGAGAGAGUGGAGGAGGUAGAAGGCUGGGUCCAGGCAGCAGCUAUAGCGCCCUCCUCUGCUCUGAAGGAAAACCCUGCACCACACCAUAAGAACAUGAAAGCACAGGAUCUUCAGCUGGAUGUCCAGAGCAACCCUAAAAAUGACAUCUACGGAUACAUUAUUACUGACACAGAAAAUCUUCCCACUAAUAUGGGUUUGAAUCUAAUGGAGUUGGUGGCUCGUAAAGCGAAGAUUCAAAUGACUGAUUUCUCCGACCUCUCUGUUGUUAGUCCAGCUGUGACAUUUCAGGUCCGUCCAAAUGCUCAGAACAUCACUACAGCGGAUGUGGCUAAUGUGGCAGUCCAUCGAAAGGAUGAACUGGAGAAAGAAGCAAAAGUCAAGAUUAUAGAGGCUGGAGUCACUGAUAGGAGCAAACUGAAUCAGAUUCCCACUAAGUACAGUCACUCCGAAUCUCUGAAGUUUCUAAUUCUGACUGUGAUUUCCAUCAUCUGUAUAAUUGGAGUGUUAAUAGCAUCCAGCGUGGUCUACUGUCUGCGUCAUCGCUCUCAUCACAAACUCAAAGAGAAGCUCACCAACCUUGGCUCUGACUCCAGCACUGACGCCACUGCUACCUACCAGGAGUUGUGCAGGCAGAGAAUGGCAGUAAAGCCUCCUGUAGAGAAGCCAGAUCCUAUUCAUUCUUCUCGUAUAAAUAGUGUGUCAUCUCAGCUGAGUGAUGGCCCAAUGCCAAGCCCCUCUGCACGCACUAGCACCUCCUCCUGGAGUGAAGAACCCGUCCAUUCUAACAUGGACAUCUCUACUGGUCACAUGAUACUGGCGUAUAUGGAGGACCACCUGAAAAAUAAGACUCGUUUGGUGUCUGAGUGGGAGGCUCUCUGUGCAUACCAGGCUGAGCCCAAUGCCACCACUAUCGGCCAGAGAGACGGCAACGUCAAGAAAAACCGCGCAAGCACAGUCAUAGCCUACGAUCAUUGCAGAAUAACUCUGAAGGUGGAGAACAAUCAAGGCAACUCGGACUACAUCAAUGCCAGUCCAAUCAUGGAUCAUGACCCUCGUAAUCCUGCAUACAUCGCCACUCAGGGCCCGCUGCCCUCCACCGUGGCUGACUUCUGGCAGAUGGUCUGGGAGAGCGGGUGUGUGGUGAUUGUCAUGCUGACUCCUCUCACUGAGAACGGUGUGAAGCAGUGUUAUCACUACUGGCCCGAUGAAGGCUCUAACCUCUACCACAUUUAUGAGGUUAAUCUGGUUUCUGAGCAUGUGUGGUGUGAUGAUUUCCUGGUUCGGAGUUUUUACCUGAAGAACAUGCAGACUAACGAGACCCGUACAGUCACACAGUUUCACUAUCACACCUGGCUGAAUGACCAAACGCCCGAAACCAGCCAAACCCUGCUUGACUUCCGCAGGAAGGUAAACAAAUGCUACCGUGGAAGAUCCUGCCCUGUCAUUGUUCACUGCAGUGAUGGAGCUGGACGGACUGGGACAUACAUUUUGAUUGACAUGGUGUUGAAUAAAAUGGCCAAAGGUGCAAAAGAGAUUGAUAUUGCUGCUACGCUGGAACACCUGAGAGACCAGAGACCCGGCAUGGUUCAGACCAAGGAUCAGUUUGAGUUUGCCCUGACGACUGUAGCUGAAGAGGUGAACGCUAUUCUCAAAAUCCUGCCACAGUGAUACUUCCCUUCUUCCUCCCUCUCAGUUGUAUAAAAGCUAUUAUCCCAUUUCUGAGAAGAUAUAUGUCCUAUAGAAACUAUUUUGUCUGUAAAUGAUUAGACUAUAUUCAGUAGCAAUUAGUCAUUGUGUAUUAUUUCAGUUCUGUGUAAUUUUGAAAGCACAUUCAUUUCGUUUUUUGCCAUGUCAUUGUUUCAAAUUUUAUUUACUCUCUCAUCAUUUCUAUUUCUAUUGCAUCACGCACAGAAAACUGGCCAGAUCUGUUUCUGAAUAUAUAGAUAAUUGGACCUGAAUGUAUUAAAUUAAUCUGUAUUUGCGUCUUUAUUUAAGAUUUUUAAUUUAAGAUAACCCAUGUUCUUUGGGUUGUGACAACUACAGU